AUGGCACAAGAGCAAGAACAAUCGCAGCCAGAGCCACACGGCGCUGAACAGCACGGUGGAGGCGGCGACAGCAUGCAGAUGCUUGUUGUUAGACUCCUGAUUGCCGCAAGCCAAACAUCUGAGCCUGUUGCCAGUGAGCUCAAGGACAUCGCAAUGACCUUGUCGUGCGCCACCACUGCGUCCAACGAUAGCUCUUCCUCUGUGGGCGUGAAGGACGAGCGGUCGUCCAGCCGCAGCAACAGCGUGCCAUCUCUUGGCAUGCUUACAGAUGGGACCAGCAUAGCGCCAGGCUCCCGCGAUGGCUCGGGCAGUGAUGAUGCCAAGUCCACGGCUCUCGUUCUGCGAGACGAACCUUCGGCUGCAAUGCCAUCAAGUAUGCUCCACGCACACCUAUACAAUAACGCACACUCACAAGCAACAGGUGCACUGCCAUCAACGCAGUUUCAGCAUACCAGCUUUGAGCCACCUGCUGGCGCUCGUUCGGCUCCAGGAUAUCCGGGUCCGCAGUCUGGUCUGCAACUCGACUUUGGCCAGCGAAGCAUCCCGGCGCCAGGCACGAAGCGGUCCUAUCCAUUCGAGGAUGCAAAUGUAUCCGAACCAAAGCGCCAGCACAAUGGCUUCGGUGCAGCUCCACCUGGACGACGGCCGGUAUGCAGAGAGUGUUUUAGCGCAGGUCUGGCCGAGACCUGCGAUCACACAGCCCGGUGUAAUAACUGCAAGUCCCGGGGUGGCGUAAACUGUGUUUACGUUGCCUGUGCUCGUGACAUGGGCUGCUCUGAUCCACUGUGCCAUUUCAUGCACCCUGACCAGUGGCAUAAGAAUGAUCGGCCAGUGUGGCAGCUCAAGACAUCCCAUCUUGCGCCACCGGGUGGACAGGCGCCUGGACCGCGUCCAAUGCCUCCAGCUCCCAAGCCGCGUCCAAAGAACGAAGGCCUGUAUGGCAGACGCUCGUGGACAGCGCCAAGACAGCCGCCGUGGGCGUGGAGUUCUGGCAACGUCUCGACCACGACCGACCGAGCCUUCCAACCAGCCUUCACUGGACCGAUGGCUCCCAUGACGGCCCAGAAUCGAUUCACCACCCCCUUCCAGAACUAUGCCGCCGAGCCAGUCAACAAGGCAUUCUUCGCUUUCCCAAAAGUCGAGAAUGGCAAUAGCAACAAUGAUGGCGGUGGCGUACCCGCUGCUAGACCGGAAAGCGAUUUCCCACGUGGUUUGCUGAAGUAUGAGAAUGAUGAGUAG